UUGAUUUAGUUCUUCAAUCAAAUUAACACUACACAACUCUUAGUAGAAUUGGAAAAAAUGGCUCAACCUUUGACACAAUCACAGCCUCAUGCAACAAAAUCAAAAUUUCCAAUCCUACGUUACAUUGCCAUAAUAAUUUUAGCCUUAAUAAUUCUUGUUGGCAUAGCUGUACUCAUAUCUUGGCUAGUUCUUAAGCCAAAGCACUUGCAAUAUAGUGUUGAAGAUGCUUCAAUCCACAAUUUCAAUUUAACCGAUGCAAAUCACCUCAAUGCAAAAUUUGAUUUCACAAUAAGAGCAAAAAAUCCAAAUUCAAAAGUGUCAAUAUACUAUGAUUCUAUUGAGGUUUCCGUGAGUUACGAGGAUCAAACACUAGCAACAAAUACAAUUCAACCGUAUUUUCAACCACAUAAGAAUGUUACUAGGUUGCAUGUGGGACUAACCGCUCAAACUGCGGCUUUGUAUGGUUCUGUGCCGAAAGAUAUUAAGAUUGAGAGAUCUUCGGGGGAUAUUCAGUUAGAUGUGUUCGUUAGAGCAAGAAUAAGGUUUAAGGUUGGAGUGUGGAAAUCGAAACAUCGUGUUAUAAAGAUAUUUUGUUCUCCCGUGUUGGUGAAUUUUUCGAAAGUUAAGAGUUUUGAAAGGGCCUAUUGUGAUGUUGAUAUGUAAACAAGCAUGCCAAAAAUGGAGAAACACUCUAAGGAAGACUUUGACACUCUCUCUAUUUUUCUGAAUGUUAUUAUUAUUUGUUAUUUUUGGUUUUUCUUUUGUGUUAAUUUUCUGAUUUUUUUUUUCUUCUGUUUUUCUUGAGUUUGUCAUUAUUAGAUUGAUGAUAUUAUUCUUUUGUCAGUCAGCAUAUAUUAUUGUAAUUUUUCUUAUGUGUUUUCUAUAUUAAAUUGAAAGAAAUUAAAAUUGUUAUUAUUCA